AUGUCGCGAGUUGGCGAUCUUCCUGACAUUGAGAAGGAGCAAAAUAUUAAGAAAUCGAGGGGUAAACAAGCUGUUCCUGAAAGGACCAUCAAGAAAGCUAGGAGACUGAGUCCUAUCUUGGAGAAAUUUGGUAUGUUAACCGGAAAUUUGGAUCGUGACAAUAGAUUGGAUGAGCUUCUAAAGGCGGUGAAGCACAAGUGUCGUGUAACAAAGAAGAAACAAGCUGGUGAUUAUGAUCCUUUCUGGCCAGAUGAUGCAGUUCCUGUGGUGCGUUCUCUUGAGCAUGUUUUAUUUGAGUCUUUCGGAGAGGAUAUGCCAAAGUACAAUAACAUAUCGAAGGAGCUAGUUGAUACACUCAAGGUUAGUUUAAUUCCAUUCUCUCUGUAA